GUUGGCAGCAUUGUCACGUGGUCUCCCAUAGCAACCGCCCAGUGUCACCGCUUCCACACCAGCAGAAGUACGGCAGCGACUCCGGUCGGGGAUCAGAUGAGAAUUUGGUGCGCCGUCUCAACUCUGCCGGGUUGCGUUGCCUUCCCGUCGGCCGAGCACAGGCCGCGGGGAGCCUGCGAGCUGGAAAAUUUGACGGAUCUGAAAGAGACGGACAGCCAACGAGCACCAUGAGUCACUUCAAUCCGGGGCUUAUUUCAGCCUACAACAGCCUGACAGACAAACACCUCACCGGCUAUUUCAGCAGUACUCGCAUCAGGAGACACCUGCAGAGAGCCGGACUGAUCACCAGGAGUGGGCACAUCGUCCCAGAUAAGGAAUACAAACACAAGCUACUUAAGAGAGCCGAGCAAAAACAUGUCCGAGAGUGCCUGGCUCAGGCCAUUUUCCUCAAGGUGCUGGAGAUGGAGCGUCUCCAUCAGACGGAGAUCAAAAGAAAACUGGAGGAGUUUGCCCGGAGGGAGCGAGUGCACAAGAUGAAGGUGGCACGCACAAGGCGAUUUGAAGACGAUGUCCGACUGAUGUCGCCACGCCCGCCCGUGGGUGCGAAGGCUGUCCGAAAACAGCACUCAGGACCCGUGGGCGGUCAUUUCGGAUCCUCAGAAUCUCCAUGUUCCUCUCGACCCAACACGGCUCCAGGAAAGAUGCAGCGGCCCGCGCGCUUGAAACCAAUCCACGGCAGCAAUAACAAAUGCGGCUCCCCUCGCAGGGUCAACGAGGCUUUCGGUGACAAGCACCCGCCGUUCAGAUGCACCACGGACAGAGAGUCCAGGAAGCACGAGUCCAUCCCAUGGGACCCCCCGCCCGGCAUCUCACCUUACUACCUGCCGGUGAUCAACAACUUUGCCACGCCGCUCCCUCCUGCCACCAAGAAGAAAGUCAGGGGGCCCGGCUGCACUCCGGGCGGCACUCCCGGUCUCGGGGGCCGCAGACGAUUGCGCCCCGCCGCUACCAUCGGCGCGGUCGACGCCAAUGAGGAGCAGUCCCUUUUGAGGACUUCUGUGCCGACGAGCAAAGCGCGAGUCACCAUGGUGUAUUUCGGUAAAUCUGUGCACCUCUCCCAUGACGCGGAGGACCUGAGGGACGAGGUCCAAGUCUUUCAGCAACACUGCGGAGGCGAGAACCUCUGCGUGUAUAAGGGCAAGCUCCGUGAAGGAGAGACGUUCCAGUUCGUGUCGAGGCGACAUCGAGGUUUCCCCUUUAGCUUGACCUUCUUCCUGAACGGCCUGCAAGCGGAGCGCCUCAGCUCCUGUUGCGAGUUCAAGCACAGGCGAGGCCCCCGACUGGGCGGCAGGCACGGACACUUUGGCUUCAGCGCCGUCGAGCGGGCAUCGCCCUGCUACAAGUGCAUCAUCGCAAUGGGGCUGGACAGGAAACCUGCUCCUCCACCCAAGAAAGUCCAAGAUGCCGGAGGAAGACUCGAGGAGGCCGGGAGCACAGCCCACUCAGGACCCGUGAGCACCUCGCCGCAACAAGACGACAAAAACGGAGACGAUUAUGACGAAGACUUUGAAGGAGAUGACAACGUCGCCGUCGAGGGAUUCAACGAAAAGAAAGCUUCACCUGCGAGCGGAGGAACUGACGCGCAGGCUCAAGACAAAACUUCAUUGGACUCUGAAGGCGACCACGAAGAAGAGGAUGACACGAGGCCUCGUUCGGGUUCCGUCUCCAGCGAGGAGAGCCAAGCGGAGGUCGUCGAAGACUCCGCAGAGGACGAGGAAGAAGCAGAAGAAGCCAAGGAAAUCCUUCAAGAGGAAAUCGUGGAGGAGGAAGACCACGUGAACCCAGAAGAAGCCGCGGUUGCCGUGUCGAGCACAAAUGUGGACGUCUCCGCCGCUAGUGGGAAAGAACAGAGCCGGGAGAAAACAGAGGGCCCCGAGGCAGAAGAAGAGAGCAAGUCGGAGGAGCUGGAGAGGGCCAAAUCUGUGCAGGAAAAGCUCGCCGAAGCCAUCCCGAAGGAGUCGCAGUGUAGAUUUGAGCCAGAGCUGAGCGAGACCAAUACCGAAGAGGAGACGCUGCCAUCGGCAGACCAAGGCCAGGAGCUAAAAAAAGAUGAAGCUGUUCUGAUGGAAUCUCAAGUCGCCGAAGCGUCUGAGCCGAAAGAAGAACCCCAUGAGAACUCUGACGAUGUUAAAGAUGAGAUGGGAACGGAACAGGAGGCAGUGAAGGAAGCCAAAGAUGGAGGCGAUUCCGAGGAGAAAAUGGAGGAAGGCGACGGGACUUUUGAGUCUCCUGACGAUGCUUCGGCUAUCUCCGUCGAAAAGAAAAUUGCAGGUGCUGACUCAGAGGUAAAGCCAACCGGAGAGACAACAGAGACGCAGGCAGAGGAGACUGCCGGAGGAUCGGAAUUCGAAGCAACGCCGGAGGCAACGGUUUCUAAAGAAGACAACGUCAAGGACGAGGGCGUCAGAGUGCAAGAGGACCAAGAAGCAUCGGUUGAUAUUGAGGCCACGAGCGAAGGACGAGACGAUCCCGCGGUCAAAAGUGAGGAACGCGGUCGCAAAGAGGAAGAAGAAACAAAGCCGCGUGAGGCAAACGAGGAAAGUGAACGGGACAGAAGUCAAACUGAGGAAUGCCCAAAUAUAGAAAACACUCCAGCGGAUCCAAAAGACGAGACACAAACCAACCAAGGCGAAGCGGUGGCAACCCUCGAUCGAGAUGAGCCCGAUGAAUCGGAAAAAACUGAGACAGAAAACGAGAGCGCGGAGGGCAAAAAAGUCAAUGAAGAAAAGGCCAGUGAAGUUCAGGAAACAAACGCGGGCGAUGGAGAAAUUGCGAUCGGGAAAGACGAGAAGGAAACCGAAGAAAGUACAGAUGGGACGGGCAAAGACGAUGUCGUGAUUACUGCUCAAAGGGAGGAAGGUGAAGAAAUUGAAAAAGCCAUCGUGGAGGCACGUCAAGCUGAAGAAAGUAAAGACGUACCCGAUAAGGACGAAGAAGAGAACAUCGUUUGCGCUGAGGCCCAAGAAAGUGAAGAAAUCAAACAAGCAACUACAGUUAACGACGACGAAAGUAAAGUGACGGGAAAAGUUGAGAAUGAAGCCGAAGAAAUUGAAGUUUCUCAAGAUGACAAAGAGAAAAUUGUUACUUCCGAGGUCCAGGAAGGAGAAGAACUGGACAAAGCAACCGUUUAUAACGAAGAAGAAAAUGAAGCAGCAACAGAAGACGAAAACAAAGUUGAAGAAAGAAAAAAUGCGAUGGACAAUGACGAAGAACAGAAAACAGUUGACGCUCAGAUCGAGGAAGGUGAAGAAUUCAGCAAAUUGACCACCGACGAUAAAAAAGAAAAAGCUCCGGCAGAGAAAGACGAUGCGGGUAAAGACGCGAGCGAAUUGACGGUGCGUUCCGACGACGGCGAAGAAAUCAAAAAGGCAACCCCGGACGACGCCGAGGAAAGUCACCUUGUGACGGGUCCGGACGACGACAAAGAUAUUAUUCCUGCCGAGACGGAGACAGGUGGCCAAAUCGACAAAUCCAGCGUUGCUAACACGGAGCAAAGUAAACGGGAAGAUCCGAACAAAGCAAAAGAAGGCACAAAUGCAACCGUUAACCCUGAACGGGAGAAGGUUGUCAACUCCGACACGGAGCAACGACGAGAAUCAACGAAGGAUGCCCAGGAAGCGGAGAAAACGUCAGAAGAGCAAAGCGAGGACCAAAGAAUUGCUACGAUGGGGAAUGUUGGUGUCUUUCGAGAAGCAAAUAUGACGAGCGCGACGGGAGAGACGACGGCGGACAAAGUUCGGAUCAUGGAAAAAGGUCAACGGAGUCAAGUGGACGCUGAAAACAGGGAAACGUCCACUCAAGAAGAAGGUAGCUCUCACCAGGACAAACGUGGGGACAAUUUAUCGGAGCAAAGUGAAAAAGGACGAGAGCCUGAUGAAGAGUCGGCGGAACGCAAACGUUUGGACGUCAAGUCGGAAAAAAACGAAGAUGUCCGUCGGGUAGAAGGCGGUGCCGAGAUAGAGCGGGAUAAAAACGACUCCGAAACCGGAGCACCGAGAAUUGACGCAAUCCAGGAGCUCGACUCCGAUGAUUCAAAAAGAAACAGACAAGACGACGAGGUCGUUAAAGAAACUCCAAAAAACAAGGCCGGUCCGUCAUCCGUAGUCGGCGCGGCGGUUGAAACAUUCCCCAAAGAGAAAACGUCUUCCAAACCUCCGAGCCAAAAUGAGCUGCCGGGGGCUGAGGCUGGGACAGAGGAAGCCGGUAAAGCCUCGGAGGAAGGAGCAAGCGCCCUCUUCCAAACCCGAAAACAGUCAAAUUCUCAAUCGGUCAACCAGCUCCCGCAUGGGGAACGUCCAGAGGCGCUAGCAAGAGCAAGUAGCACGGAGCUCGUCACCAACUGGUUAACCACACAUCAAGCGUCUAAGUUCUUUGAAACUUUUGUUGAACCUCUGGAAGACCUCAGGGAAUCCGACGCGGGUGGCGGCAAGGAGACCAGACAAUCCUCCGAGCUUCUGAAAAUUGUUGAGACAUCCCAUGAGAAGGUUGCAGCCAAGGCAGCGGAAGUGAGUCACACCAAAGGUGAAGCUCAGUCGUACCCGGAGCGAAAUCCCACAAAAGACGACUGGGAGGUGUCCGAUGACGACGUGGAGGAUGACGUGAAAGCGCUCCGACUAAACACCAAGAAUGAAACGAAGCUCAAAGCCAAAGACCAGCGUAAAGGAUCUCUUGCGAAAGACGCGGCUGAAUCAACAGACGGGAUGCCGGGAAUCAAAAAUGAGACUGCGGAGCAAAUCGUUGAAAAGGCGCCCCGCUCGGAUGUCGAGCCCACGGCAACCGAAGGCGUGAAUGGAUCUCCCGAAAACGUAACGCAUCUUGCGCACGAGAAAGUCAAAGGGCCGACAUCUCCGGAUGACAAAGAAGAGCUAACCGCGCGUAGCCUUUUUCAAACGUCCAGUUCAGACGUCGGAAGUCACGUGGAUGUCGAGGACAAAGCGUCCGUCACCCGGAGAACGCGGCUGACGGACGAUAUCGUCAGUCAAGACCGUUUGAGCGUGUGGUCAUUGAACAAAAUGCCUCUGGGUCCAAGUUCUUAUCCUUUAUUGGCAUCGUCCAGACCCGAGAGUGGACAUUAGCCAGCAUGUUGGUCUGCAGUUUUCGACUGGAAACAUUUCCCGGCAGGGGUGUUAUUUAAUCAAGUGGCUACUUUGUGCGAGCUUGCAAACUUUGAUUCACAUAUGGCCAUGAUCCGUAUCGCAUAGGUAGACUUUUUUUCCAAAAAUAUUUAAGGCCAUGAUUGCCAAGUGGUUCUUAGGAAUCACUGCGUAUAUUAUCAGUGGUUCUCAAAACCCCGGGGGAAAUAUUUUGGUAACUGUUCAACAAAUAAAUGAUUCCCUUAGCAUUUCAAGGUGCACUUUAUUAUAAGUGUGGUGCUCAAGACCACAAUAUCUGGCACCAUGACUUGCUCGAGACCAGAACUCACCGAAACCACGGCCUGACCAAAUAUUUUUGAAAGUAGAAACCAAAUCGAGACCAACACCGAGACAAUUAUGACAAAACCAAGACAAUAAUAACAUCGACAAGAACAACAACAACAAAAAAACAGAACAAGGUUGAAAAAUUAACCAGCAUUGUCGCUUGAAUUUACUUUACAUUGUUUGAGUGCUUCUAGUCAUGAUCACGUUAAAGAAGUCUUUUCUCAAACAGGCUUGGUUCACAAUCGAAUGAAAUGGUCUCUUACCUGCAAGCGGAUCCUCCUGCUCGCAUUCAACCCUCCCAAAAUUAAUAAUUGACAGCGGCCGGUCUCCCAGUACUUCGCUGCUUGGGCGACGUUCCCCCAAUUAAACAUGAAUUUCACGUUCCUCUGAAGAGUACGGCUUGACGAGCGCUAAUGUUACGUCAUUGUUUGUCAUUAAAAUGAUGAAAAG